AUGGCGGCUUCACUCUGUCUCCACGUUCCACAGACACUUCCUCCAGAACUCACAAAACUUCUCUCUGCUUCGUCGCCCGAAGAUGCGGAGACUGCGUUCAAUGCCGUUACCGAGUGGCUGGCUCUCCCCGUUGCAUCCUGUGGAGAUGUCGCGCUCACUCCUGCCUCUUCUGGUUCUUCAGCAGUCGCGUGCCGUUCCACUCCUCCUGGUGGAGCUGCUUCGUCGUCUCCUCUGAAAAAGGCAAAUACGGAAACGGGUGCCUGGGGGGCAGAGGGGACAGACGAACGAGACCUUGGCAAGGAAGACUGCUGCUCUCCCGGAACAUCGAUUCUUGCGACUCGGGUGUAUCUCCUCUACGACUUUCUUUUGAAGCAUGUGGAGUGUUCCCCAGCUGUGGCUUCCGUCGCUUGCGACUGUCUCGCUUGCAUUCUCGAAGCUUCUUCUGUGGUUCUGUGGGAGGCACAGCGGGACUUUCAGCGGGCACAGAGCGAGAACGAGGCAGCGCAACAAGGAAGGUUCUCUGCCGACUAUUUGUCUUCGUGUCCCUCUUUUCCAUGCCACGAUGCCGGCAAAGGAGAUCCCUUUCUUCUUCUCCUCUCAUGCGCAUCCAGUCCGAGUCACGGCGAUUCCUUGAAAAGUGCAAUGAGUUCUGCUCCUCACUGCUUCUACCCUCCGCCUUCCUUCCCCAGUCUCCUCGGUGUCACGGCCCCUCUUCCUCUUCAAACAGACUCUCACCUCCUGCCUGCCUGUUGUUCUGUCACCUGCUCGUCUUCUUUCCGGCCUCCUGUCGGUCCCACGUGUCCUUCCUGUUCUUCUGGGUCCUCCCGUUCUUCUGUCUCUCAUUCUUCCUGUUUCGGUUCUCCUCCCACGCAAGCGUCUUCCAUCUGCUUACCAGUUUUCCCGCUUUGCCGUGCACUGUGCCGGCGCGCGAAGCCGAAAGAGUUGUUUGUCGGCUUGUGUGGCUGUCUGGCCCCCUCUUCCCGCAUUCUGCCUUCGCUCCGCCUCCUACUUCUCCCGACCCUCGCCUACUGCUGCGGCGCAAUCGGGAGACGCCGAGCUCACUUUGUCGUCCAAGCCGCAUCGCUGGUUCUCCACGUAACCGUGAAGAAGGCGUCGCGCGCUCUUCACCUGGACCUCGAUCGUCUCGCCGGUCGCGGAACCGAAGCGGCCCGAGGCGGGUUCUGGGACGAAGACGAACUGCAUGGGCCGAGUGCCUGGAUCCAGACUUUUCGGCGCCUCUACCCGCCCGCAGCCAGGGCCUUUGUCUUUCCAGAAGCUGACAGGGAAGAGGAAGCCGCAGAAAUCCAGACACGAAAGCGCGGAACGCCUCCCUCUUCACUCUCGUUUUCUUUGGGCUCACUUGCUGUGACGCCAGAUGCGGCAAGCGAAGGGCGUGCCGCUUCCCUCCUUCCCGCGCUCUCUCCGCUGCCUGCGCAUGUCACCCUCUGCGGCCUGGUCGCCUUCGUCAGGUGUCUUUGUGUGGCCCUCGCUGCUGCGGAUCUGAGAGAAAGAGGCGUGGAAACACAGCGCAUGGGCGGAGAGCAGCCAGGGGACGAAGAACCGGGCAACGACCCGCGAAAAGGCGUCGCUCCUUUGACUAUUCUCGCGGCGACUCUCAGGAUCCUCGAACUGUUCACUCCGAUGACUCCUGACAUCCAGCUUGUUGAACUCAGGACAUCGAACUCGCCGCUUUCUUCUCCCGGUUCUCCAUCUUGUCCUCGCCGGAACCCCGCACUGUGCUCCGACGUCGACGGCUGGGCCGCGGCUAUGGAGGGGAACCGGGAAGCGUUCUACGAAGCGCGCGACCGCGUCUGGAAGCACGCCACUUCUUCCGACUCUUCUGUCGCUUCUUUGCGUUCGUCUCGGCGUCUAGUCCCCCCCCUCCCUUCUUUGCUCUCUUGUCUGCAGUCCCUCGUGUGGUGUGCAGCUGUUCUGCAUGAGCGACACCGCGGGGGCCUCCUGCCUUCUCUGACGGGUUUGCUGAACACAACUGCGAUCCCAUCGCCGAAUCAGGGCGACCUUGAAAUUUCGCCAUUCUCUCUCGCCUUCUUCUCGUACCUUCUUCUCGCGCUCCGGCUCUGUGGCUCCGCAGCGCUGCCGUCGCCGAUCUCCUCGCUCUCAAGAGCGAGCAUGGCGUUUCGAGCUUCUUUUCUGCUUCUGGCUUACGCGAACCCGCACACUAGCGCGUCGCUCGACGCCUUCUCGACAGUCACAAAGCCGGCCAACACCACAGCGAAAAAAUCGGAAGAGGAGGGACCUUGCCACGACGACAAACACACAGACGCAGGCGAAAGCAUGCGCGUCGCGGCUCUGGCGGCUGUCCAGACAUCAGGCCUCCCCGAGAGGCACAUGUGGCUGGUGGAAAGAAAGGCAGAGCAGCUGUGUCUGAUUGCAACAGAUCUUCUGUCUGUGAGAAAGCAACAUGAAAGCCCCAAACGCUUCCUCUCUCUCUGCGGCGGCUUCUCGCCGUUCUCUUACUGGAAGCUCCUGCUCGCCCUCAUGACGUCUGGCGGAACCGCAGCGUCGACUGUCCUCGUCGCUCAGCCCCUUCGCAUGCGGCGGUUGAAGCCCGACCGACCAGGACAGAGGGAACAAGGCAGACACAAGGACGCAGAUGAAGAUGACUGUGAAGAAGCCUCAAGAGCGAUGUGUUUGCGCGCGCUGCAAGGCAGGCCGUGUGGAACGGAGAGUGGUGAAAGAGACCCCGAGGACGUCCAAAUUCUCUUUGAAUGUUUCAGUCAGGCGUCGCAGGUGUACGACGAGGCGACGCAGGAGGACCUCUUUUUGUCUCUGAUUCGCAAGCCGCCACCGUUGCCCGACGCCGCGGUGGGUGCAAUUCUCAUUCUCCUCAAGCGGCGGUGGACGGCCAGCGUGCUUCGAGUGUCUCGUGGCGAGGCGCCCGCGAGCGAGGACACGAAGACAGAAGUCCACGUAGACAACACAGGGAAGCAAUGCAUGCGCAAGGACGAGGCUGACCGGGCAGCGAGUAUCUCACCAGCGUCCGACGCCUCUACGAUAAGGGAUAAGGAACCCAGACGGAACGUGGGUUCGCAUUCCUCCCUUUCUUCUUCCUCUCCUACCCCGACUUGGGUUGCGUGUCUCGAUUCAGUUGCCCAAGCAGAGAACGCAGAGAUGCUUUGGCGGGUGAUGACGACAACGCUUGUGGAGGAGGCGGAAGGGACGGUUGUGGAGAACUCGGAGCGUCUCACCACGGCCUUGAAUUGGCUCAAGCUGUGUCUGUACACCCCGGAGAAGGCCGCCACUCCGCCUUCUCGCGGGGUCGACGCGGCGUGUGACAGCGAGGAUAAAAAACUCUUCAGAGGGCCUUUCGAACAGUUCGGAGACGCCUUGCUCGCGCGGGGGCAAGGGACGUUGCUUCGAGCGCUGGAGAAGCUGACAACGCGAGUGGACAUCGAGCUCUCGAUUCUCCGAAACCGAGGGGAGGACCAUGCGACUCGGCGUCCAACUUCGACCAACGAGUGCGCAUAUCGCCAGAGUCUCUUGCCCUCACUCGCUCCGAAUCUGCUUCCAGCAAUCGGCUCGUCCUCGGGCGUCGCCUGUGACAAACUGGAGCUGUUGGUACCGGCGUCACGAGGUGCUGCCUCCGCGGGGAGCUCGCAAGGCGAAAGGACGCCGAAAACGCGGAAAGCCAGUGUGGACGAAAAUUUGAAACUCGCUCUCGUGCAGGCUGUGCUGAGUGACGUGCGAGGCGCACUGCACGCUCGCGCAGAACGAACGCAACAAAAGCGCGAACGCGCGAAAUACAGAGAAGAUGUGCCCGAUGCACGCGAAACAGACAACCGCCGCGAGCAGCCGCCCGCAUAG